GCUGUGCCUUCCUCACCUACUGUGCCAGGGAGUCCGCCCUGAAAGCCCAGAAUGCAUUGCACGAGCAGAAGACCCUUCCGGGGAUGAACAGACCAAUCCAGGUGAAGCCAGCAGACAGCGAGAGUCGAGGAGAAGACAGAAAGCUCUUUGUGGGCAUGCUCAACAAGCAGCAGUCGGAAGAUGACGUGCGACGCCUUUUCGAGUCCUUCGGCGGCAUCGAGGAGUGCACCAUCCUGCGAGGUCCUGAUGGCAACAGCAAAGGCUGUGCAUUUGUAAAAUACUCGUCUCACGCCGAAGCUCAGGCGGCCAUCAGUUCACUACACGGCAGCCAGACGAUGCCUGGUGCCUCAUCCAGUCUGGUGGUAAAGUUCGCAGACACGGAUAAGGAGCGCACCAUUCGCCGCAUGCAGCAGAUGGCUGGUCAGAUGGGCAUUUUCAACCCUAUGGCCCUGCAGUUUGGAGCCUACGGAGCCUACGCUCAGGCAAGGCUGCAGCAGCAGGCCGCAUUGAUGGCAUCUGUAGGCCAGGGGGGUUACCUCAGUCCGAUGGCUGCCUUUGCUGCUGCCCAGAUGCAGCACAUGGCCACCAUCAACGGCCUCCCCGGAGCACCGCUCACGCCCACGUCGGGUGGCAGCACUCCUCCAGGCAUCAGUGCCCCCACAGUGACCAGCAUCCCUUCCCCUAUUAGUGUCAAUGGUUUUACUGGGAUGCCGCCUCCUCAAGCAAAUGGACAGCCACCUGCAGAGGCCGUCUUCACCAAUGGGAUACACCAUUACCCGGUAUUGCAAGAAGUGGUUUUUAGGGAGGACUCUGAGAAAAAUGGCUUGGGUGUUGCUCCAAGGAGUUGUUUCGGAGUACAGGGUGGCUGCUUUCUCUCUUCUCUAUCUGAAGCUCAAAGUCCCACUGCAGCUGAUCCUCUCCAGCAGGCUUACACGGGAGUCCAGCAGUAUGCAGCAGCCUACCCUGCCGCAUAUGGCCAGAUCAGCCAGGCUUUCCCCCACCCACCAACCAUCAUCCCACAGCAGCAACGAGAAGGGCCAGAAGGUUGCAACCUGUUCAUCUACCACCUCCCUCAGGAGUUUGGGGAUGGCGAACUGAUGCAGAUGUUCCUGCCAUUCGGCUUUGUAAGCUUCGAUAACCCGGGCAGCGCCCAAGCUGCCAUCCAGUCAAUGAACGGCUUCCAGAUCGGCAUGAAAAGACUCAAGGUGCAGCUGAAGAGGCCGAAGGACGCAAACCGCCCUUACUAGCCCCGGCCCCAGCAAGCCGCUGCCAUCCACGGUGGCCGGGGUAGCUGUCGCACACAGUGGAAGACAGGUUUUGUAGAGCUGAAUUAUAUGUUGAUUAUUUGCUACCCGCUGUAGAAUGCAAACUCAACAUCUGGAACACUGAGGCUGCUUCAGAAGGAAAGGACAUCAAGAAAGCAAGAAGGCCUUGUCAGAGUCAUGGAAAAUUCCUUUUGGAUGUACGAAAAACUUGAAAACUCAGUGAGAAUUUGUACCACCUCGGUUUGCCCCUGGACCUUUUCUUCUUCACAUCCAGUAUAUACACACAAACACGCACACAGACACACACACAUCCUUCCACUCGGAACCCUGCUUGAAUGACAGCUACCUUUUUUUGGACCACGCAAACUUUUACUUGAACAAUGACGGGGAAAAAAAGUCACAAACUCUUUGAAUGACCAACCCCGAUGAACUCUUAAAGGGAACAACGGCUGUCAAAAAGUCCAACAAGAACAAUGUAAACUUUUUAAAAACUGAAUUGCUGAAGGAGAUAUUUUUCUUUGGUCUGGUUUGCGUUUUGGGCCGGUUGACUUGACACACAGAGGAACAAAUUCCAGAAGAGAGAAUAUGAUAUUAUCAGGACAAAGAAUUGGCUCGGGUUUGGGAUGACUGUCUUUAGCUUCGGAGUGCCUGUCCGUUUCCAGGGGAUACCAUUGCCAAGGAGAACCAUAGCAACGGUCUCCAGGGAGUCUUACCUGUCAUUCCUUAGUUGUUUUAGGGACCAAAUGACCAAACAUUUUUAUUGCUGAGGACUUGUAGUUCUAAUAUACUUGGACCACUCCAACUCUUUCAGCCAAUCUCAACUGGCUCAAGAGUUGUACUAAAAAGAAGUGUACAUUUCCAAUAUAUAUAUAUACAUACAACACAUGUGUGUGUGUGUGUGUGUAUAUAUAUAUAUAUACAUAUAUAUUGCCAAUAUGCUUUUGGAAUACAGGCAAAACUAUUUCAGAUGACCAAAUGGGGUCUCUCCCUUUGUUAGUUUACAAUCACCCCAAUUUUUUGUUAUUUGUUUGUUCUCCUCAUUUUGUCUUGAGAGGGACAGAGAGUGCAUGGAAGGGGCUGCUCCGCAUCACAGCCUUAUCUUUUUUAACUUAACAUCCUAACCUCAUAGAUAGAAUAACAUCAGAAACCUUUGAUCUAUAUCAACUUGUUUAUAUUUGCGGUACAUAUAUACAUACGUAUAGCGAGCGUUAAAAAAAAAAAUGUAUUCAUAUAUACAGCAUAUAUGGAUAAACAAGAUAUUAAUCACAAGCAAAUACAUAUGUACUUAUAUGCACAUAUUUGAUAUAUGUGUGUGUGUAUAUAGAACAGCUACUGACUAUGUUGAGCUGUUGUUUUUAUUUAUUUGGGGGUAGGGGGGAGUAUUUUUGCUGGAGUUUGACACAUUGCUCUGCUUGGGAUGAAUCGCAAAUCUGGCAGCUCCCCAAAACUGCAGGCAUUCCUUUUUCUGAUUACCUACUGUAUAUGCUGACACACAGUAUAUGGCACUGCUAAAGGGAUACGUGUGUGUGUGGGAAUGCACAUGAUACUGUAAAUAUUGUCUGAAAAUGCAAAAAGCCACAUCUCGGUAGCAGGCUUCAAGAAAAAAAAAAAAUCAGGCUCAAGUAUUUUAGAGGAAAAGGACAAUUAUCUUCGAGUCUAUUCCAAACAUAUCUGUUAUGCUUUGCACGCGCAAGCGCACACACAUACACACACAAACGUCUCUUUGAAACUUGAACCAAAAUGAAAACGUCUCGCGACUCUAGCUCUCUCUUGCAUUCGGUAAAAAAAUGCAUGUAGCGUACGGGCUGUCACUAUGUCUGGGUGUGCCUUGCCACCUGCAGAAUCUGCCAUCAAACACUGUGCUCUCGCCAAAAUUAAAGAAUAGAAACCACACAUACUUUUUCAAGCAGCCAGCGCACUAUUAUGAUGUCAAAACGCCGCCAUAUCUCUCAGCUGUGUAGUGAGGUUCAAUGCAUGUCCACUAUCGCUCCAUCCAUGUCUUUGAGCUUUUCAAUUAUGUCUAUAUUCUACUCACAUGAUGCUUUUGAUCAAAGUGGGCAUUAUUCAAACAUGCGAGCACAGCUACUAACUAGCAAAGCUGCAAGUGAGGCACCUGUGACGAAGUCAAAGUUAGGCUUAAUGUGAGUUUGUAGGCUUAGGCAAUAAAUGGCUUGAUCAGCGACAAUUCUUGGCAUGAAGCAUAUCCUUCCAGAGCAGGGGUCUCCAAUAUUCCCGCGCUAUUGCUAGAGCUGGCAAAAAGGUCAAAGAAUAUUUGAAUAUAUCUACUCUGCCAUGGUUUAGGAUAAACUAUUGCCUGUCAUUGAAAUCAUUGGGUGGAGAAUAGUGAUGACAAUUCUGAGGGCCCAUGAUCAUUUUCAAUUUGGAUCAUUGGGGCUCAAAAUCUAUUGGUUGCUGUAAAAGUAAUUUUAAAAUAAAUGGGGAUACUCGAGGCAUCGGUAUCAGUGCAGUUUUCAGCCUCAUGUGGCUGUUUUACGGUUAGGAAUUGGAAAUUAGAAGAAUAAAAUAUUGUCAAUAAUUUCAUGCAAUUUGAAGGAAGAAUGCUAUAUUGGGAUAUGUAGGUCUUUAUAAUUAUCCGUCAUUGUUUUUAGAGGGGAAUUGUAAGUACCAAAAGUUCUUGCGGUAUCAGUACUUGGUAUCGGUGUUGAAUAUCGGACCGCUAUCAGUCUAAAAAAAAGUGGUAAAAACAAAUUAUAGUCUUUGAGACAACUUCUGCAUAUUCCUUCUUCAAACCAUUUCUGACCAAAUUAUUAUUAUUUUGUGCUAAAAAGCCCUUAGUUUUAUUUGAAGCUAUCAUAUUAAACCAAAGUGGUUUCUGGCUGUUUUUAUUUUACUUGGGAAGCUGCUCACAUAAACAUGAGAAAGGACCGAGACCCCUGCUCUGAGAAAAUGCUACCUUAUCUAAAUCUGAACCUUGUCUAAAUCCUUAAUACUAUAAAAUAUCAAAUGGAAAGCGUAGCAAUAAGUGUGGCGGGGAUAAAAUGUUUAUCCAUCAUAGUGACUGUACCAUUAAGGUCGGCUUCGUAUUACUUUGGAAUACAAUUGAAGGUAACAGUAAAAUAUAGAAUACGUACAAAAGGUCACCAGAGUUAUUGGCCAUGCAGCUGCUGGAGAUUACGCACUGAAUAUUUAUACAUGUGAAUUUUUAUAAGGCUAUGAGGCACUGGGAGGCAAUGCUUCCUGUUAGCUGGUGUUACUAGUUUGCCCAUAAAUGGAUCAUUAUUCCACAUUACAACAAGCUCAAUUGACUGAACAAUUGACUUUUUACCUGCCAAAACCAAUGAGGCUAAAUUAUUUCGUUCGACUUCCGAGGACGCCCUGGUUGCGCUGAUAAUACUAUCCCGAGCAUGGCAAGGACCAACGUGACCAAGUAAAACUGGCAUCUUAAACCCAAUCAACUGAAUGUGUGGUGAGUCCGCUUUGACUGCAAUGCAAAAACAAAAAGCGUCUUGACGUGGAGUUCUCUGAGCCACAUGUGGUAGAAUGCCAAGCACAUCAUCUUUAUUUGCCCACAACUGUAAGCUACACGUUUACAAAAGGAAAAAUGUCUAACGGUUUAAAACAACACCGGACAGAGCAGAAGUCUGAAUAUAAAUAUAUAUAUAUAGAUAUGUAAACAUAAACCAAUGAAUAUACUGUAAAUUGUUUCUUUUUUUGCUCUGUUCUCCUCUGUACAUAGGUUUGCAUAUUUUAUAGGACUUUUACUUCUAUCUACAAGGACUGGAUAAAGUACUUUAAAUACUCCAAAAAAAUAUAUAUGAAUGAAAACAUGGUAAUGCUCAUUAAAACCAGGUACAAAAAAAAAAAAAAAAAAAAUUGCUAGGAUACAGUGCGAAAUGUAGGACCUGACCAAGGCAUUUAUCCAGAAAACAGUCAGGGACAGCAUUGACCUCAGUUAGAGCUUAGACACACGUUGACCUAUUUUAUAACAGAAAUACUUUCAUAGGUUCUAUUCAUUUCUGUAUUUAUUUACAAGUCAUGUCUGAGAUGAUAUGCAUGCUUUCAUGGCAUUAUUUUUCUAUGAGUUGGUACGUGACCAAAUAGUUUUUUAUAUGACAUGCAUGGGCCACACUACUCUUGUGGUCCACAAAUGAUCAUUGUUCCUGUCGUCAGGACCGCGCCUUCAGCACUUCUUAGAAAGAUGGAGAUAACAGCUCCUAUUGACCAAGUGAUGUCAAAGACAGAUUUGAAUAUUUGUGUUGUAUUUAUUUAUUUAUUUUUAUUUAUUUUUAUUUAUUUAUUUAUUUAUUUAUUUAUUUAUGCCGUUUGACUCAAGAUCUGAGCUCUAUUUUUGCCACCGAGGGGUCUUGCUUAAAAGUGCCACUUUGUAUUGCCAUCACAUUACCUCUUCAUAUGUUGCAAGUCUAAAAAAAACAUUGAUUAUUCAAUUCCCUGUUUCCCAUAAACAUCGGAAAGCAGUCAGCUACCGUGUUUCGAAGCCUUAUGUACAUUUCUGUUUAUAACUUACGGAAGAUAGCUUCGUUGGUUUAAAGGGGAAUUAUGACGAUUUUGCCGACUUAUACUUAUGCAGUAUAUUGUAAAUAAUAGUAAUGUGCAUAUCAAACCUGGUUUCGAUCUUAUCAGAGUAAAAAAUAUAGAAUCGGAAAUGAGUAUAAUAGGUUCCUUUUGAAAAAUGCAAAUUAAAUGAGGUCUUCUAAUGGUUUUUUUUUAUUUUUUAUUUCUUUUUUAUGUAAUGUAAUCUCUAGUUUAGUGCUCCCUCGUUAACUAACUGUACAAUCAGACGUUUGCCUUGAGAUCAAAUUGAGCUUCUGCAAUGUAAAAAGCAAAAUUCUUUAGAAACAAAGAAAAAUCUGUGAUAUAAAAUACCACUUUGGUCAUUAAAAAAAAAUAAUAACUUCACUUCCUUCCUGCCAUUUUCUGCAUCUUGUGUCGCAUUGUUUGGCAGAGCUCUGAUCUUGUUCAACUGUGUUUUACCAAGAGCAAAAGUCAAUGAAAUCUGCACUAUCUCAUCCCAACAAAAUUGAUUUACUGUCAUUUUUAUGUGCUGUGAUAAUUUUUUCCCUAAACUCUACAGUGACCGGAGAGGCAUCAUGUGGUUUAAAACCUACUAUGGAGAUGUAUUUCCCAAUUUCAGCACAUAUGG